AUGGCUUCGAACGAGAAUCCACGACCGACAAUUGAGACGAGGGAUGAGAAUGAAGUUUCUUCUGUGAGCAGCCCGGCUUCAGUAACCCACGAGAACGCCCCGGCUCCGACGACGAGGGAUCAGCUUGGAGAACCUGUUAACGGGGGCGCACCAUCGAUGCCAGCUAGGUCAGCAGGAAAUCCAACUGCUCAACCACAAUCGCCAGCUCGUCAGCAGCCACUCCCACAACCGUAUCCUCAAUAUCCAUCACCUUAUGGACCAUAUGCCUACCAGCCCCAGCCGUACCCGUGUGCGCAGAAUGUUCGAGUCCUUCCUCCUUAUUCAAGGUACUGGACAGCCAUCAAACUCGUUCUCACAGUCUUCUCGAUUAUAUUCGCUAUCGUAAUCCUGGCCUUAUCAUGCGCCUUCCUUGACGACGAUGGUGGUGCCGAAGGCAUGGUACUAUAUACCCUUCCCAUCACCAUCGCUGCCAUUCUAUGGAACGGCGCUGAGUUGAUCACCUUCGGUAUUCGCUCACGGAAGGACGUUAAACGAGGGAUCCACCCAGGGGCACACGUCGGCCUGCACCUCUGCUUCUGGCUCGCCUGCGCAUUCGCCGUUCUUAUUACGGUUUCGAUUUCCCUCUCCGUACAGUCUAUGAUCAGAAAUUGCGCCGAGGAGGAAAUCGAGCGUUAUUCGUCUUAUAGUUAUAGUUACUGUCGCCGCCAUGACAUCGAACUGUACAGCAACGGCACGUAUCUGCCCAUGAUCCAAGCCGUACUUGCUUUCUUCUGCUUGGCAACCAUCAAUCAUUUCAUACUUUUCGUCGUGGCAUGCAUUGAUACGCACAAGCGGAAUAUUACAAGACCUGCAGGCGUUGUUCUACCACCUAUGUUAUCGACGGGAGGCAUGUACUAUCCACCUCCGCCACCACCGGGUACUACUCCUUACUAUCCAUAUCCGGUGGCGAUGCAGUCGUUAUCGCAACCACCACAACAGUCGCAAGCGGGAUUUGGUCCAGCUCCCAACGGAACUGGCGCCGUAGCACCAACCGCCCCUCAAGCCAACCCGGUCGGACAGAAUUACCAAAGCCUCGCCGGAUUUUACGCACCGGCACCACCGCAGCCUUCUUAUUUGCCAGCUCAGCCCGCGACAAACUCAAAUAACGAAAAGGCCGUGCCCUCUACUUCUGCUACCCCUGGCCAAGCAUCAUGA